AUGUGCAAAUCCGUGGAUGGAUAUGGCUAUUUCGAAGAACUUGAAAAAUACCGCAGGGAUCUCACCUACGUCGGUCGCAGAGUGAAAGAUCCAACGAAAGGAUUGGUACUUCAUGUACUGAGUGGAAAAAUAAAGCGGGAAGACAAGGAAGAGUUAAUAGAACUGGAACUGGAUGAGAAAGUCACGAUGGUCAGCCUGAAACGAGUGGCGCUGUCACGCGCAAAAUACGCCUACCUGGAAUACAGCUAUGGUGAAAACGUAAAACAAGAGAGGCCAGAUGAUCGACACUUCAAUCUUCCGCCGAUUUGUUCAACUCAGGAGGUGCUGGUUAAAAAAAUUAUACAGUGA